CGUACUGGCCCAACGACUUAACUGAUAAGUCUGUGGCUGUACUAAAUUGUUGUCUAUGCUCACGAAACGAAAAACAUCGGGCCGGGCUUGUUGCCAACUUCUCAUCAGUCAUUUUGUACGCUGGCUCAGUUUUUCACGGUCGACGAAAUCGAAAAAAAUCUUUGUCAUCGGUGGCGAAUUUUUAAAGUGACAAAAUGAGUUCCGGUAUGCCCGAGUUGGGCUCCAAGAUAAGCCUAAUAUCGAAAGCUGAUAUCCGUUAUGAAGGGAGACUUUUCACCGUCGAUCCUCAGAAAUGUACCAUCGCUUUGGCUAGCGUGCAAUCUUUUGGUACUGAGGAUCGCGAGUCGCAGUAUCCAAUCGCUCCUCAGAACCAGGUGUAUGAUUACAUCUUGUUUCGUGGGUCUGAUAUUAAGGACAUACGGGUUCUGAGUGAUGUCCCCUCAUUGCCCAACGAUCCUGCCAUCAUGCAGAUGUCAGUACCGCCAUCAUUGGGUGGUGGUGCGGCAGCUCCAGGGCAGUACACGGGACAGUUCAGUCACCCGGUGGUGGGCCAGACGCAGUACCCUCAAUAUCACCCCAUGGCUGGUUUCCCCGGAGGUGUGCACACACAACUUAACAAGACUAGUGAGUUGUCUCCGCAAACAUCUGUGGAUUUGGCGACUCGGCCUCAACCUACAACUGCUCCUAUUGGAUCUGGAGUGAUUCAUCACUCCAACCAAGUGAAAGACCAAGGUUCAAUGUUAGAUCUCAUUGGAGGAGGCUCUCAACAAAGUGCCUCAAGGUCUGGUACUCCUGCUGUUGGUCAUAGGAAGAGCCCUACUGCUGACCAAAGUACCCAGGUGGGCUCCGUCGCCAGCGGUUCCGGUCAGCAGCAGCGCGACAGUCGUCGUGGCAGCAACUCGGGCGCUGCUCAGAAGCAACAGCCACGCAAUCGCACAAAUUCGCGCAACCGCCAACGUUACCCUAGUGGGGGGGCUCCACCGCAUCAACAACAACAUCAACAGCAUCAACAACAUCACCAGCAGCAUCAACAACAUCACCAGCAGCAUCAACAACAUCAGCAGCAUCAACAACACCAGCAACAUCAACAGCCGCAGACGUCGGCACAGCCACACCAUCAUCACCAAGCUGGGCAAGGCUACAACCGCGGCGGAUGGCGGGGACGCCCGCGCGGUCGCGGUCGCGGUUUCAUUCCGCGCAACAAGAAUACGCUCAAGUUCGAUAACGACUAUGACUUCGAGCAAGCCAAUACGGAGUUUGAAGAGCUGCGCAGCCAGCUCGCCAAGACUAAGAUCUCCGAUGAAGUGGUUAAAGUUGAGGGCGAAGUAGACAAGAAGGAUGACUCUGGCAACGAGACUGGGGCAGGCGAGCCUGAACUAGACGAGGAUCAGAGCGGCUUCAGCGGCUACGACAAGAACAAGAGCUUCUUCGACAACAUCUCUUGUGAAGCUGUCGAGCGACUGAAGGGGCGCAGCCAGCGCACGGACUGGCGGACGGAGCGCAAGCUCAACUCGGAAACGUUCGGCGUGGCGUCCGCGCGCCGCGGAGCCUGGCGCGCCCGCCCCGCCUGGCGACACCACAACCCGCACAACCCGCACCAGCACCAGCAUCCGCACCAGCCUUGGAGGCCGAUGCGAGGCGGAGGGCGUGGUCGCGGCAACAGCGGGCCACGACGAGGCAGCAAUCCCGCCCCCGCCGCCGUCCCCGCCGCCCCCACUGCGGUCUCCGCGCCCGCCCCGCCGCCCGUUGCCGCCGCCGCCGUCGCUCAGUGACCCCGCCCGCUGGUACACGCAAAUUAAAGAAGAGGUGCAAUGUGGAGAAUACAAUGAAUCUUAAUUUAUUAUCGCGAGGACUGAUCAGGAAUGCAAACGUAACGGAAAAGUGUAAAAUGGUGAUUGAAAUGUUAAAUGUAAUCAGUUUUAAAAGAGUAAUAUGUCCUUGCGGGAAAUAAUAUAGUGGUGCGGAUAUAAGCAGAUGGACAUUGUUUUGGUGUGAUAGUGUUGUAUCCAAUUUAAUGGAAGGAGAAAGUUGGAAAUUCCCGUAAGCAUGCGCAAGAACAAAAAGGUAUCUUCGCGAGGAGGCGCGCUCACUUUAGUAUAUUGUAAUUAUAGGAAUGCAGUGAGCUGUAGUUUUGUUUGGGCAAUUGUACAUUUACAUGAACCAAAUUUGACUGUAUGAUUCAGUCAACAGUCGACCGUAAACAGCGAUAUUAGGCUAAAAUGAUUGUGUUUAUGGUAUGUCAUUGUUGCCACGGUAUUAUGAGACAGGUGAGAAAUGAAAACUGUUAUUACGCCUCACCAUGUAAAUUUUACAGAGGCUAUGUAAAAACUCGUCCUGCAUAAAAAUGAGAUGUUUAUUUAUGGCAUGCCCAAUGGAUAUGGUUUCCUAGAGCUUCUCACCUAUUAUGCGCAUUUGUGCCUAUUUAAAAGUUGUAACGAAUGUUAGUUAAUAUGUACAUGUUUUAUUAUUUCCAAAGGGUCAUUGUAAUUCUAAUUUGUAAUAUGACCAAUGACCAGUUGUAUUUAUUGUGACAGCAGUCCUACUUAGUUGUGUUGAGAUAACACAUGUUGUAUGUUCAUGUACAGUAAUCGAGAGUUUGAAAAAUAAUCUGCUGGUCAGACAGGCUGAGAAAUUAAUUUGUAUGUAGAGAAUGGAGGUAUAGCUACUAACGUUUUUCAAAUGGCCCUCUGUGAAUAGAAUGUGGAUGAUGUUGUUUUAUUGACUGUCGUUUUAUUGUUAGUAAUAGAUAAAUGAAAUGUGAUAGUAGGACUGCUGGUGAGAUCCGGUGACGGUGCCAUUGGCCGGUUGAUCCAAGAGCUUGGUUACAGUUUGCCAAACAUAGUGCUGUAAUCAAAAUUUAUUGUAUUGAUGUAUUGACUGUGUAAAGAGAUAUUAAUAUUAAUUUAAACAUCACUUAGCCGUCGCCGGUGGGACCACCACGUCGAUUACUGCCAGAUAUUCGAAAUACGAAAGUGAUCCACUGUUUUAUCACACAAAUUUUAGUAUGUAUCUUUAAAGUUUCGGAAGAGGACUAACUUUAAUUCAUCAUAAAUAAAUUGGAAUUGUUUGUCGUAAAAUUAUAUUCUACUUAUUAGUAACAAUGUUUAGCAGAAGUCCUUUUCGUGUGAAAAUUUGAAAUAACUUUUGACAAGAUGCAUUAUAUUUGUAAAAAUCUAUAACUCAAAAACUGUACCUGGUGAUUGUAUUAAUAUCGAAAUAUACAUUUACUACAAAUCUUCCA